AUGAUAGUCAAUAACUCAUGGCCAGAAUACCUGGGCAUUCGUCUGGUCAUUCUUCUGAUGAGAGACCUGGGGUUGCUGUGUCUUAGUUACUUCUUCAUCGUUUUCGCACUUGGCGGCGUGACAGCCAUCGCGCAUCCGGUCUCGAUUACAAUUGAAGCACUCGGAGCGAUCGAGAUCUUGUUUUAUGUCUCGUUUUUUCUUCCCUAUCGUUUCUUCCUGCAAAGCCACAGACCUUACAAACCAAUCCCGCUCAACAAGGAAGAACGCGCCAAGCUCUUCUACAAAGGCGUGAGCUUGAUACCAGACGCGGAACAAUUCAUCCGUAAAUGGACCAAUAAUGCACAUCUUGAGGACAUCCGCAUCGACAAUGUGAAGGAUUGGUUACUGUGGGCACUGUUCGAGACUGAGAAUAUCAGGGACAUUGGCCAUGACACGCAAGAUGAGUUGGAUGAAUACAUCGAGCACAUUCGACAACAGCUGGGCCUGGAUUUGAAGCCAGGUAGGGGCCCAGCAGAAACACUGCGCUUGAGCUUCGAUCCAAUUUACAUGGAGCAUCGAAGCCUCGUUUACUACUUGGCAAUCGGGUCUCUUGACAUGAUGAUGUGUCUCUGGCUCUUGGCUAGUGGCUACAAGUUCUAUAGGCAACCCAGGUCGACAUUCUUCAAAGUCUUCCCGCUCCGGCCUCUUUCCCUCCUAUCGCCAAACGCGUCAGACGCACCUGACAUGUCUUUCUGGUAUCGUCCGCAUCGAUCGAAGACCCACCGUCCGGUCAUCAUCAUCCAUGGCCUCGGCAUUGGGUUGAUUCCGUACCUAUUCUGGAUGGCCACGAUUCCAAAUGACAUUGGGAUUGUCGCCGUGGAAAUGCUUCCCAUAUCAACACGUGUCACCUCCCAGGUCUUGCCGCCAACAUCGGAGCUCUGCCAAAGCAUUGCGACCAUCGCUGCCCAGAUACGCAAGAAAGAUCCCGGGGCUUGGAACGACUUCGUACUUGUCACUAGUUCCUACGGAACCAUGCUUGUGAAGGGACUAGUGGAGCAUCCGGAUUUUGGUCCUCGUAUUUCCGGCAAUGUCCUCUGUGACCCUGUAGCUCUUUUGCUUCAUCUACCUGAUGUUGCGUUCAAUUUCACGCGACGAACACCGGGCAGGUCGCGACGAGGGCGGCCCGGUCGGGCAAAUGAGUGGGAGAUCACGUGGGCGAGCGCCACUGAGGCUGGGACAGCGUAUUCACUUGCUCGGCGCUUUUGCUGGCGGGAGUGCGCGUUGUGGCGAGAGGAUAUAAUGCCCAGUAUGAGAGAUGCUGAGAAUGGGCAGUAUGGUCGAGGUCACCAGAAUGAACAGAGUCUAUCCUGCAAGGGCAUGCGCACGACAGUCAUUCAGGGCGGGGAGGACUGCAUCGCAGCCGCAAAAAAUGUGGCAGCUUAUGUCUACAGCGGGCGGGUGACAUAUGAUUACUUCGACAUUCAGGCGUGGAACCAAUACCAGUGGAAUGGUACCGAGGAGCUUGAACUGGUGUUCUUGGACGGAAAGGACCACGGGCAGGGCAUGAUGGUGCCUAGACCAUCUAAGAAGAUAAGGCAAGUCAUCGAAGGGUACUGCAGAAGAGCGCUACAAGCCCCUGUGAGACCCACCACAUUCACUAGUAUUUAUGAUGAGGAUCCACAAGGGAAGUUUUAG